CAACUUUGCUGACUUUUUUUUAAAAAUUUCUUCAAAUUCUUCUUGCUAAAUUUUUUUUUUAAUUUGAUUUGAUUUGAUUUGAUCUGUUUUCAAUUAUCAAUUCAAUCAUUAGAUUCUCGAAUAUGUUAUCUGCAUCAUCAAGAUCUACUGUUGCAAGAAUCCCACGUUCAAUUCGUGGUUUAGCAACUGCUGCUUUAACCAAAGAUUCUCAAGUUAAUCAAAAUUUAUUAGAAACUCAUUCUUUUAUCAAUUAUAAAAAACAUCUUGAAAAUGUCGGCAUUGUUAAAUCAAGAUUAAAUAGACCUUUAACUUAUGCUGAAAAAUUAUUAUAUGGUCAUUUAGAUGAUCCUCAUGGUCAAGAUAUUGAAAGAGGGGUUUCUUAUUUAAAAUUAAGACCUGAUAGAGUUGCUUGUCAAGAUGCUACUGCUCAAAUGGCUAUUUUACAAUUCAUGUCUGCUGGUAUUCCAGAAGUUCAAACUCCUUCUACUGUUCAUUGUGAUCAUUUAAUUCAAGCUCAAAUUGGUGGUAAAAAAGAUUUAGCAAGAGCAAUUGAUUUAAAUAAAGAAGUUUAUGAUUUCUUAGCUUCUGCUUGUGCUAAAUAUAAUUUAGGUUUCUGGAAACCAGGUUCAGGUAUUAUUCAUCAAAUUGUUUUGGAAAAUUAUGCUUUCCCAGGGGCUCUUUUAAUUGGUACUGAUUCUCAUACUCCAAAUGCUGGUGGUUUAGGUCAAUUAGCCAUUGGAGUUGGUGGUGCUGAUGCUGUUGAUGUUAUGGCUGGUUUACCAUGGGAAUUAAAAGCUCCAAAAAUCAUUGGGGUUAAAUUAACCGGUAAAAUGUCAGGUUGGACUUCUCCAAAAGAUAUUAUUUUGAAAUUAGCUGGUAUUACUACUGUUAAAGGUGGUACUGGUGCCAUUGUAGAAUAUUUCGGUCCAGGGGUUGAAACUUUCUCUUGUACUGGUAUGGGUACUAUUUGUAAUAUGGGUGCUGAAAUUGGUGCUACUACUUCUGUUUUCCCAUUCAAUAAUUCUAUGGUUGAUUAUUUAAAUGCUACUGGUAGAUCUCAAAUUGGUGCUUUUGCUAAUGUUUAUAAACAAGAUUUCUUAUCUGCUGAUGAAGGUGCUGAAUAUGAUCAAGUUAUUGAAAUUGAUUUAAAUACUUUAGAACCUCAUAUUAAUGGUCCUUUCACUCCAGAUUUAGCUACUCCAGUUUCUAAAAUGAAAGAAACUGCCAUUGCUAAUGGUUGGCCAUUAGAAGUUAAAGUUGGUUUAAUUGGUUCAUGUACCAACUCUUCUUAUGAAGAUAUGACUAGAGCUGCUUCUAUUAUUAAAGAUGCUGGUGAACAUGGUUUAAAAGCUAAAUCAAUUUAUACUGUUUCUCCAGGUUCUGAACAAGUUAGAGCUACUAUUGAAAGAGAUGGUCAAUUAAAGACUUUUGAAGAUUUCGGUGGUAUUGUUAUGGCUAAUGCUUGUGGUCCAUGUAUUGGUCAAUGGGAUAGACAAGAUAUUAAAAAAGGUGAUAAAAACACUAUUGUCUCUUCUUUCAAUAGAAAUUUCACUUCCAGAAAUGAUGGUAAUCCAGCUACUCAUGCUUUUGUUGCUUCUCCAGAAAUGACCACUGCUUAUGCUAUUGCUGGUACUUUAGCCUUUAACCCUCUUACUGAUACUUUAAAAGAUGUUAAUGGUAAAGAAUUCAAAUUAAAAGAACCAGUAGGUGUUGGUUUACCACCAAAUGGUUAUGAUGCCGGUGAAAACACUUAUCAAGCUCCACCAGAAGAAAAAGCUUCUGUUGAAGUUGUUAUUGCUCCAACUUCUGAUAGAUUACAAAAAUUAACUCCAUUUAAACCUUGGAAUGGUAAAGAUGCUGAAAGAUUACCAAUUUUAAUUAAAGCUUUAGGUAAAACCACUACUGAUCAUAUUUCAAUGGCUGGUCCUUGGUUAAAAUACCGUGGUCAUUUAGAAAAUAUUUCUAAUAAUUAUAUGAUUGGUGCUAUUAAUAUUGAAAAUGGUGAAGCCAAUAAUGUUAGAAAUCAUUAUACUGGUAAAUAUGAUGGUGUUCCACAAACUGCUGCUGCUUACAGAGAUUCUGGUAAAACUUGGGUUGUUAUUGGUGAUGAAAAUUUCGGUGAAGGUUCAUCAAGAGAACAUGCUGCUUUAGAACCAAGAUUCUUAGGUGGUUUUGCUAUUAUUACUAAAUCUUUUGCUCGUAUUCAUGAAACUAAUUUAAAGAAACAAGGUUUAUUACCAUUAAAUUUCGUUAAUGUUGCUGAUUAUGAUAAAAUUAAUUUCGAUGAUGAAGUUGAUUUAUUAGGUUUAACUACUUUAGCUCCAGGUAAAAACAUUACUUUAAGAGUUCAUCCAAAGAAUGGUGAAGCUUGGGAAACUGAAUUAUCUCAUACUUAUAACAUUGAACAAAUUGAAUGGUUCAAAUAUGGUUCCGCUUUAAACAAGAUGGCUGCCGUUGCUGCUGAAAGUAAGUAAGUUACUUAAUCCCUUCCUAACACAUUAAAAUCAUAAGUCAUUCAUUCCCCCAUCCUCAUAAAGUAUUAAUGUAAUUUGAAUAUUUUUCAUUAAUGUUUUUGAUUAACAUUUUUUUUAAAUAGCUUAUUUAUCAUUACUUUUAUUUAAUUUAUUAUUAAAUUUAUUAUAUUAUUAUUAUUAUUAUCAAUUUAUUCCUGUUUUUAAAAAUUUCGAUGCAUUUGUUCAUCACUCGUUACAUUGCA